UCUCUUUACUUUUACUAUAAAACUCCAGAGUACACUCUGUGCUCUUAUUUAGCUUUUAGCAGGACAACAUACACCUAAAGCUGCUGAGGUUGACUUUUAGAAGAAGAGAGGAUGGAGAGAAGAAAACAUUUGAACAAGAUGCCUCCUGCUGGUUUUUGGAUACUGCUGCUGGGUCUUUUAUCCCUGUGUCAUGCAGCACCUACUAUUGCUCCAACAAUGUCCCCUGAGGACCAAGACCUGGCUGAGGGAUAUCUUUCUCAGUUCUACGCUGAUGUUGGGAUGACAAACUCGUCAAUACGAAGAAUCCAAAAUGACUCCUUCAUUCAAGAUCUCCAGGCCAUGCAGGCUUUCUUUGGCCUAGAGGUGACUGGCGUCUUGGAUAAAGAGACUGUAGAUGUGAUGAAGGCCCCGAGGUGUGGCAUAUCAGACAUCAGCCGAUAUGGUCACUUCCCUGGACGACCCAAAUGGAAAAAAAGGCUAAUUACAUACAGGAUCACUCAGUACACUCCAGAUCUGACCCAGCGUCAGGUGGAUACAACCAUCGCUCAGGCCUUUCAGCUCUACAGUGACGUCAUCCCACUGGACUUUAAACAGGUCACCAGCGGUACGGCGGACAUCAUGAUCCUGUUUAAGGGCGGAUAUCAUGGGGACUUUUACCCUUUUGAUGGAGCAGGUGGAGUCUUGGCUCAUGCUAACUCUCCUGGACAGGGUCAGGGAGGGGACACGCAUUUUGAUGAUGAUGAAACCUGGACUCUGACCCAAAGAGGUGUAAAUCUGCUGCUGGUGGCUGCCCAUGAGUUUGGUCAUGCUCUGGGUCUGGAUCACUCCAGAGACAGACGUGCACUGAUGUACCCCACCUAUCAAUAUGUCAACACAAACAGAUACAGGCUGCCAGACGAUGACAGACGUGGUGUUCAAGCCCUUUAUGGCAGCCGUACACCAGUGCCUACAACAGCACCAAAACCAAAACCACCUCCCAGUCCAGAACCAGAGGACCCAACAGAAGAUUCCAACCCCCGAGAGGAACAAUGUAGCCGUGAGCUAGUGUUUGAUGCCGCUACCUCCAUCAGGGGAGACCUAUACUUCUUCAAAAAUGGAUACUACUGGAGGAAGAGUGCAAGUUUCCAAGGAAUCCGUUUAACGAAAGUGAACACAAAAUGGUCACGAAUCAACUAUGUUGAUGCUGCUUAUGAAGUCCCAAAUGAGAAUGUGGUGUAUCUUUUUGAAGGUCGGCAAUACUGGGGAAUAAGGGCUUUUGCAAAAACAAUUUUGCCAGGCUAUCCAAAGUCUAUCACCAACCUUGGCCUCCCGUCAUCAGUCAGUAAGGUGGAUGCAGCCGUCUAUGUGUCAAGUACUGGAAAAACACUAAUUUUUGUGAAUAAAAAGUACUGGAGGUAUGAUGAGCGCACAAACCAAAUGGACAGUGGAUACCCCCGAUACAUCACUCAGGAUUUCCCGGGCAUUGGUUCUAAAGUAGAUGCAGCCUUUGAGAAUUAUGGAUAUCUGUAUUUCUCAGAUGGCCCCAGACAAAGCGAGUACUACCUGCCAUACAGGAGAGUGAUGCGCGUUCUGCUCAACUACGGCUGGCUCAACUGCUACUGAGAACCCACUCGUACCACGACACAACUAAUGCCAUACAAAAUACACACUGUACUUACAAUAUUAUGAAGGAGUCAUGUAUUGUAUGUUUUUAAGAUGUGGACAAAAGGUAACCUAGUGCUUUGCUGUCCAUUAAGAGGCCUGCAAAUGAUAGCAAAUGAUUAUCAUUCCAUCAAUUCUGCAAAUAAUCUUUGAUUUGUUUUACAACUGCUGCUGUUUUCUGUAUGAUACUUGCAAGUAUCAUAUGAUGAUAAAUGAAGUAUGAUGAUAAAUGUAUUUGUUGGGAUCAUUUCAAUGAUGCUAAAUGCCACAGUUGUGGGUGUAAAAUAAGCAGUUUAAAAGCUGUCUUCUGAAUACAAGCAAGAGUUACAAAUACAUGUUGAAAUGGAGCUACGCAUGAGCUUAGUUUCCCCCUUUAGACAUAACAACAAAGACAUUAUGAGUCCAUAAGUAAUUAGCAGGAUUUUGUUAGUUGCCUAAACCAACCCAAGUGAUGGCAAAAAUUAAAAAAUAAUUUAAGCCAA